AUGUCCAUCGCCCUCCUUUCCACCCCCUCACUGCACGAGGAAGAGAUCAAGCGCAGAGGGUAUGCAACCUCAUUCGAGAAACACACCGUCUUCCUCACCGGCAGCACCGGCGCGCUGGGAGCCGUGCUCCUCUACAAACUCGCGGUGCAGGUCCCCACCCACAAGAUCUACGUCCUGAUCCGGGGGUCCCCGGACCUCGCAAUCCAGAAAUGGAAGAAGGCGAUGCCCGUGCAAACGCAGCCGGUCCUCCGCUCCCGGAAGGUUCAAUUUGUAGUGGGGGACAUGACGGAACCGGACUUUGGGAUCGAUGCGGCGGUGAUGGAUGAGCUGCGCCAGCAGGUCACGCUGGUGAUCCACGCGGCCGCCAAAAUCACCCUGGACGCGGACGUUGCGGAGGCGGUGGAGAACAAUUGUCUCCCGUCGUUGGAAAUGGCGAAGAUCGCCUCGCGGUUCCGCAGGUUGAAGCUCUUCGUGCAGGUGUCGACGGCAUACGUGAACAGUUUCUUGCCGGAUGGGCACGUGGCGGAGAAGCUGUACUCUGUUAGGGUGAAAGUGGGUGGAAAAGGUGAGGAGGAUGAUCCGGAGGAGCUACUAGGGGCGAUCCUCAGAGGCGAAGGUUCCCCGCACGCCGAGCACUUCUCCUCUUCAUAUACCCAUGCGAAGUAUUUGAUGGAGCGGCUGAUGCUGAAACGGUUCCCCACGCUGCCUAUGUUGCUGUUGCGUCCGACCAUCUUCGGUCCGGCGGUCAGAGAUCCGUAUCCACAUUAUGCGCCGGAGAAUUCCAUUCCGUUGAAGAGAUUCGCCUCGCUAUUUCUGAUGACUCAUGGCGAAACCCAGACCUGGCACGCGGCCGAGGGCUAUGACAGUGGUGCGAAUACGUUGGAUGAGAUGCCGGUUGACCUGGUGGCGAAUGCCUGUCUUCUUCACGCUGUUGCGGGAACGCGAGGGGUCAUUCAUGUCGGAUCGCAGCUGUAUGUGAAAAUGACGCUAGACGGAAUUAUGCAGUUGGCGGAUACGUACGCCCCACAAGGCAUGCGACAUGCUUUACCGACGGUACUUUUUGUGAAAGAUCGAACGAUUCCGCAGUGCUUCCUUGCGGACCUAGUCAAGAAUCAAUAA